AUGGACAAGGAUCUCAGUGACGGUGACAGUGAGAUGGACCUCAGCUUCGAGGCCGAGAGUCCUCUGGCGCCCCCGGCUGAACUCCUGGAGAGGCUGCCCAGCUGUGACUGGCUUCUUCAAGGAGACAGAUGCCAGAUAUUCUUCCCACCUUCGGAGGCCCCGGGGAGGCCCCAGGAACAAAGGUGCUGGUCUUCGUUUCUGGAACACAGAGUCCCCGUGGUGACAGAGGAGGUGGCCCGGGAAGCCCUCCUCAGCUUCGUGGACUCCAAGUGCUGCUACGGCAGUGCGGCCGCCGACGACCUCGUCAUCCUGGAGCUGAAGCAGCAGGCCCUGCGCAGGUAUCGACUAGAAACCUUCAGUGAAUCCAGGAUAAGUGAAUGGACUUUUCAGCCCUUUACCAACCACUCCGUGGAUGGGCCACAAAGAGGGACCUCCCCCAGGCUUUGGGACAUCAAGGUCCAGGUUCCCCCGAUGUUUCAGGAAGAUAUCAGGAAGUUCCAAGUCCCUCACUCAUCAUUGGUCAAGGAAUGCCACAAAUGCCACGGGCAUGGGCGCUACAAAUGCAGCAGCUGCCACGGGGCCGGCACGGUGCGGUGCCCCUCGUGCAGCGGGGCCAAGCGCAAAGCCAGGCCCGCCCGGCGGUGUCAGAUGUGCUCGGGGUCCGGCAGGCAGAGGUGCAGCACAUGCUCAGGGAGGGGGAACAAGACCUGUGCCACCUGCAAGGGCGAGAAAAAACUGCUGCACUUCCUCCAGCUGGUCAUUGUAUGGAAGAAUAGCCUGUUUGAGUUUGUGUCUGAGCACCAGCUGGACUGCCCUGGGGAGCUGCUUGCUAAAGCCCGAGGAGAGACCCUCUUUAAGGAUGAAAACACGAUGGUGUAUCCCAUCGUGGACUUCCCCCUGCGGGAGAUCUCUCUGGCCUCCCAGCGGGGUAUCGCCGAGCACAGCGCUGCGCUGGCCUCCCGGGCCCGCGUCCUGCAGCAGCGCCAGACCAUUGAGCUGGUCCCCCUCACGGAAGUUCGUUACUGGUACCAAGGAAAGACUUACGUCUACUACAUCUACGGCACCGACCACCAAGUGUACGUGGUGGAUUACCCCGAGAGGUACUGCUGUGGCUGCACCAUCAUCUGACAUCGCACAUCUGCCCCCAGAGCCCGCCACUCACGUUUGCCCAGGAGAUUGGCUGAGGUCUCUGAGUUGACUCACUGUUGGC